AUGUCUCGUCUCAGCAAGCUUGGGUAUAACCUCUCCUCCUCCGCCGCCUCCUCCUCCUUCUCCCCUUCCUCCCUCUCCUCUUCCUCCUUCUCCUCUUCCUUCUCCCGCUUCAAGGAUCGCCGGACUCCGACGGUUCCUUACAAGUCUUUUGCGUCAGACUCUUCGCCCAUCCGUUCAGCUGGCGUCUCUUCUUUCACCGAGGUACGUAGAGGUUCAUAUCUUUCCACUCGGGCUUCCCGUGCUUCUGCAACCGCCGCUGGCCCUGCCCCUGCACGUUCCGCCCCUUCCCUUUCGGCUCCUUCUACUCGCUUCGUUCGUGCACCUGUUCCAGCUCGCACUGGGACAGGUGACACUCUCACCCGCAGCCUUCCCUCGAAGAGUCGAGAAGCUGCUCAACAGGACGGACCCCUUGACGUCGUCCAUUCCAUUAUGGAGAGAGCUCGACUCCGCUCUCAAGCCCUUCGUUCCCGCUAUGGUCACCCAGAGAGACCGCGAGUCGACCCAAGAACCCAACCUCGAGUCGAACCCUCUUCCACUUCUUCUGUUCCGGCCACCCGUCCCACCCGUUUCACCGAGCGCAUCCGCAUUCUCGCCGAAGAAGCAGCCGCUAGUUCUGCCAACCGCCGAGCCACUCUUUCGAAACUCGCUGCCUUCGACGAAGUUGUCGCCCGUGUCAGAGCACGAAAGCAGUCGACGCCUUCCGCUCCUCCCAUUGACGCCACUCGUCCUGUCACUCGCGUGGAACGAGUCCGUCCCUCCGUUCCUCCUGACAACGUAGCUCGUCCUGUCACUCGCCCUGUCACUAGGUCAGAACGAGUCCGCCCCUCUGUUUCUUCUGUCAGCGCCACACGUCCUGUCACUCGUCCUGUCACUAGCUCUGAACGAGUCCGUCCCUCCGCUUCUUCGGUCUUCGACCGCAUCUCGGACCUUCGCGCCGCCCAGGCCGAGCGGCGCCGUUGGAUCGACGAGAUGAUCGCUCAGCAAAAAGAACGUGCUUUGACUCGGGCCACUACUUCCGCCGCCAUCGAGCAAUUCCGAGCCAAGCAUCAGGCACGACUCGCCAACCGAUCCCGCGAGGGACACCUGACGUCACCUCACCCGGCCCCGACCAACAGCAUCCGAACCACGGCGAUUCUAGCAGCAGACCCGGUACGUACUCGACGCUCGACUCCGUCAGCCGACCGACUCCGCAAGGAUAAGCCAGCGAAGCGCGUUCGUUUCGGAGAUGUUACGGUACAGCCUGUAUCUCGCUGGAUCGUUAAGUCGAAGCAUGUGCACAAACGUAGUUGCUAG